AAUAAUUUUGUCACAAAUUGAAAAAGACCACAAACGGUCGCAUUGCACAUUGUUUGGAGUAACUUUUUCUCACAAAAACAGAGAAGAAAACUAUUAUACUUUUUUCGGUUUGUGUAGCAGUGCUUCUCCAUAAGAAAUAAACAGUCAAUGGUUGGAACCUGACAAAUGAAUGAAUUAUAGAGAGUUGACAUGUAACAAAGCGGGAAGAAAACGGCUAUAAAUAUGCUUAAGCUAACAGCUACCUCUUCACCACAUUACAGAGCCAAGAACUGGAAAUACUCCCACACCCCCUCUCUAUCCCCCUCCCCCCCUCUCUCUCUAUACGCAACUUUAGAUCGCUCCUUCAUUCCAAUGGCAAUCCCAGUUAUCAAUUUUUCGAAGCUCAGUGGAGCUGAGAGGGCCAAGACAAUGGCCCAAAUCGCUAACGGGUGUGAAGAAUGGGGAUUUUUUCAGUUGGUGAACCAUGGGAUCUCAGAGGAGCUCCUAGAGAGGGUGAAGAAGGUGAGCAUGGAAUGCUAUAAGAUGGAAAGAGAAGAAGGUUUCCGCAACUCAAACAAAGCAGUCAAGAUGAUGAAUGAGUUGGUGGCGAAGAAGAGUGAUGAAAAGAUGGAGAAUAUUGACUGGGAAGAUGUUUUCUUUCUCACAGAAGAAAACCAGAGCGAGUGGCCAUCAAAGACUCUAGGAUUCAAGGAAACAAUGGCAGAAUACCGAUCCGAAUUGAAGAAACUGGCCGAGAAGGUCAUGGAAGUGAUGGAUGAGAACUUGGGCUUGCCAAAGGGAUUCAUCAAGAAUGCAUUCAAUGGCGAAGAUGGAGGGGACAAUGCCUUCUUUUGCACCAAGGUGGCCCACUACCCUCCUUGUCCUCACCCGGAAAUGAUCACCGGUCUCCGGGCCCACACCGAUGCCGGUGGGGUCAUCUUAUUCUUCCAGGAUGAUGAGGUGGGAGGGCUUCAGAUCCUCAAAGAUGGGGAAUGGAUUGAUGUCCAACCCAUUCCCAAUGCUAUUGUCAUCAAUAUUGGUGAUCAGAUUGAGGUCUUAAGCAAUGGGAUGUACAAGAGCGUUUGGCACCGGGUUCUGACUAUGACCGAGGGAAAUAGGAGAUCCAUUGCUUCUUUCUAUAACCCAUGGUUAAAGGCUACCAUAGCUCCUGCACCACAACUUGUGGAAAAAGUAAACCAGGAGGAGGAUCAAGGUUAUCCCGAGUUUGUGUUUGGUGACUACAUGUCGGUUUAUGCGGAGCAGAAGUUCCUUCCAAAGGAACCAAGGUUCCAUUCGGUCAAGGCCAUGUGAACAACAAGAUGGAUAUCGUCGGAUUCAGAAGAUGACAAUCUAAAAGAUACUAGAAAGCCUGAGUUAUCGUGUCAUGUCGACAUGUCGUGUUAUAUUUGUGUGCUUUCUUUUUGGUGGGCAUCGUGUCUAGUGGUAUCGCAUAUGGUUUUAGUGUCCGUGUCUUGGUGUGUAAUAUUUGGGUGCUUGUUAAGGUUUGGUUUGCAUGUUACCACCCUUUCUACUGUACUUGUAUGUCUUGAAUGAAACUGGGAAAGAGGUGUAACUACUGUUUGAUCUGGUAAGUUAUGUUAACUAAAAACUUAUUCAAACUUCAA